AGAAGACGAAGAGGCUGCCAACGGAACGGGCAAAGAGAGGAACGCGAGGGCCACUGCCGAGAGAGGGAGAGAGAGAGAGAGAGAGAGAGAAAAAAAACACACGAUUCCUCGCGAAUAUCUCUCCGCUGCCGAUUUCUCGUGCGCGCGGUUUCUCCCCAGGAUCUCUCCUCUCCUCUCUUCCUCCGGCCGUCCGUCGCGCCGGGGCCAUUUUGCCGAAAUGAAAAUAACACCGCGAGCCGCGCUCUCCGCGCCGGUCCUGCUCGCGAUCGUCCUCCUCGUGGUGUGCGAUUAUAUUCGCCCGGCGUACGCGAGAUCGUCCCUCCGCGUACGCUCCGUCGGCAACAACACCGACUUCCUCGUCGCCGUCACCACUGCGGACUGCGAACGGGUCAGGCCGUUCUUCGACAGCAAGAACGUCACCCUCGCGCCGGCCGAUGAGACCGCGAGGAAUCCUCCAAAGACAAUAUGUGGCGGCAAAUGUUGCAGCGACGAAAUGGAGAAGCGAUUGAAGCAACAAGCCCGGACGGAUUUUCACAAUCUGAUUCAUCAUCACAGUAGGACUCUGCAGGGUCUCCUCGUCACCACCGCCGAUUCUCUCAGAGAUUCGGUGACCGACCUGGCGCGACAGUCGGAGAACACGACUCUGGUCAUGUUCCACAAGGCGUACAGCUCGAUGGAAGAGACCAACAGGCCGUCGGUCUCUCUCGUCAAGGCGCUCUAUCAGAUGAUCGUGGACUACGUGUCGCCCUCGAACACGCCGGACACCCUGCAGCAACCGCUGAGCCGGGAGAUGUUGCAGGAGCACAUACUCGACUUCUUCACGCGGCUAUUCCCGAUCGUCUACGUGAAACUCAUCAAUCCGCAGCAGCACCAGCAGGAUCAGCAGGAAUUUGCAAACAAAUUCCAAGCCUGCCUGCUCGAAGCAGUGGGCGAUAUACAGCCAUUCGGCGAUAUACCGCAGGAAAUUUCGCUCGCGGUCAGCAAGAGCCUGGAGGCCACCAGGGUAUUGGUGCAGGCACUCACGCUCGGCAAGACCGUUCUCGAGCGAACCGACAGCGUGCUCUUCGGUCCCGGGGCCCGCAGUCCUCAGCAAGAAGCCUGCAACGUCGCCAUGCUCAGGAUGACCUACUGUCCCAAGUGCAAAGGUUUCGGCAACGCCGUCAUGCCCUGCAACGGAUUCUGCAUCAACGUGAUGAGGGGCUGCCUGACCGAGCCAGCGUCCGAACUGGAUCUCGCAUGGUCCGGUUACGUGGAGACGGUCGAGAGGCUCGUCGUUGCGGUGGACGGUCAUAACGAUCCUCUGGGUUUGAACACGGUGAACGCCGUCAAGCAGUUGGGUACCCGCAUUUCGGAUGCCAUUUUGCGCUCGUUGGAGAACGGGCCGAGAAUCGUGGAGAAGGUGAAGACGGCGUGCGGUCGUUCGGAGUUGCCGGCAUCGGGCGAAGAGAAGAGCCCGGCGUCCUCGGAUGCAGCUGCGGCCACGAAAUCAACUGCGUCCCCAGGCGGCAAGACGCACGCAGCUGCGUCGUCGUCGUCUCACGGCCUCGCGCACCGCGGCGACAACUUCGCGCACCUCGGCGAAGGCAACAGCCAGGACACAAAGUUGUACAUGCAGCUGGGUAACUUCCUGGCGAGCAUCGUCAGGUCCCGCAUUUUCUACGGCACAUUGGCGGACUCGAUAUGCGAGGACUACCCCGAGCAGCAAUGUUGGAACGGCGAGCGCGUCGGCGAAGACGCCGCGGGGCUCGCUUUAGCGGAAAGGCGGAGGAAAGUUGGCGAGGAAAAUCGCUGGAAGAUGGUGCGGGAAAACUGCGCCGGCGACACACCGAGGGACGCGGCAGGACGAGCGGGGCGAGAAGGACGAUCUCUCGAAGGAGGUCGUUUCGUGAAUGGCCGGCAUUCAGGAGCACCGCGAGCGAGAAGCCGGCUUUGGCGAUAUUUCAAUUCGCUAUCUAUGCUGAAUAAUACUUUGGAACGCCUAUUUGCAAUAUUUUUCCCGUAUUCGAAAACCGUGGUGGAUUCCAGCCAGACCGCUCAACGGUACAAUCCUGAAUUCACUAUAACGAUGAUGUCGUCGACGCCGGCUUCCUACGGCAACACGAACAUCAGCGCGCUCAUUGACCAAUUGAGGCACAUUAAUCAGAUGGUACAGUCUCAAUUGGCGUCAUCGCCCGACGCCGGUGCCUUCCUGGGAGACGAGGCUCUGGACGGCUCCGGAAGCGGAGACUCGCCGUAUUGGAGAUCGCACAACAGCGGGAUGGACGACGACGAGGACGGCGACGAUCGAGACGACGACGACGAGGCGUCCGGCUCCGGAAUGGGUCCCACCACGACAGAUUCAUCGGUGAAAACUCAUCAGAACGGUCCGACCGAUAGCGGCAGCUCGUCGACCAUCCUGCUGUCGUCCGCCGUCCUCGCGGUUGUCUGCGCAUCGCUUAUCGCUUAAAAUCGCCAGAGCGGGACGAGGAAACAAGAUCGACGUAGACGACGUGAUAGAUAAGAAGGAAAGUUAGAUUAGAGGGGGAUCUUGCCGAUCGGCGGCGGGUCGUUAGUCAGGAGGCACCGUUUCGUGCGGCGUCUCUUCCGGCGCGAACGCCGUCGAGAGGUGCUUCUGCCGAAAUCGUAUAGAAUGCUGUUGAUAAUUUAUCGGUGGCGUUGGGCAGCGAAGCGAACUGUUCCUGCCGCGGUCCUGCUCGAAAGGACGCGCGGCGGUUUCCAGUGAUAUAUCGAUGCGCGGAGAGUGCAUGUGUGUGAGAGAGAGAGAUGUAUGAAAGUAUACGCGAAAGGAGCGUACGGGCAAAACGGGGGGGAGGAAACGGACUACUAGAGACGACGGGCGAGCCGCGUCUAAGACGUCCCGCUUGUAAAACGCGAUGAUAAAUCUCGCGAUGUUUCCGACGUGAAAUUUUCCGACAGAAAGGCUGGUUCCAUAUAGAAAUCGAUACCGCGCAACUGGAACGAGCAACGUCCUCCCUCCGGUACGGAGAGAGAGAAUGGAGCUAGUCGGGGGAUGUAGGCGGGAGGGGGAGAGGGCUAUCCGUGGAAUCCAAAAUCGGCGGCUUCGAUAUCUCUGCUCGGAGCACCAUUCCGGAAAUGUAAUUAUAUUCGGGGAGAGAGAGGUAGAUGGGGAAUUCGCAGGCGGGGUAUCUCUGUAUUGCCCUGUUGGGCGUCCAGAUUUGGAUUUCGCCGAUGCACGUUUUUAUCCGACUCGAUUGGAGACGACGCUGCUCGUUCCGGUGUGUCGCGGCAAUAUCGGAAGAACGACUGGAAGAGUCCGGGUGUUAUCGUCAGGUCGACGUAGGUAGGGCCGGGGAAGGGUCCUCUGUUCUUCACCGCUGUUUCUCACAGCGAGUUUUCCAGGCGGCCUCAGCUUUCAUCGCGCACGCGAUUAUAAGCACGUGUGUAUACAACGAGAGAGAGAGAGGGAACAAAGUCGCGGCAGGAAAUUGUCACUCGAAAGUAUCUCGUUGCUCAAGCACGACGAGACGAGUCGCGAGAAGAUUACAGUUCUCACCGCAAAAAAGCAGGGAUCGCGCGCGAUAACGUCUUAUCGUUAAAGGAUAGGUCGCGUUGAAGGUCCGUCGACCGACGUCGCGAGAAAACCACACAUGCACGUAUAGGCCUAAAGAACGCGCAUUUUCCGUCGAAAUGGGAGUGCGUUCACGCAGUUGGUGGUGCGUUACGCAAGAAUGCGGGACGAUGAUGGUCGCAAGCAUCGAUCGCCACCAAGCAGAUGGGAGACGCGAUUCCCGAUGAAGGUCGACGAGUCCGUUUCUCCGCCCGUUUAUUUCGCGAGGGGGAAAAGUGUGUCGCGCGCGCGCGGCUGUGAGAAACGAGCGUCUCUCUUUGUCGCGUCUCGGUCGUACGUUUGGUCGCGCGCUGAGUCGCUGGACGAGCGUUUAGAAAAAGACUGCGUGGAGGACUCGCGAGAGGACGGAGAAAGAGCGAGGGUAGAAGUGGCGCGCCGAUAACUCCGAUUGAUAACUCCGGGCCGGUGCAUCGUAUUCUCGACUCUACAUAGGGUGGCGUUCAGCGCCGAACGUAGCGUUCGUUUGCAAUACAGACCGGAUGGAUGCGUUUCUCGAUAUCAAAUUUCGGGUAUUCGAUUUAUUCUACUCGGAUCACCAUUGUUUUACCAAAACACGCGCGCGUGUGUGUGUGUGUGUGAACAGGGAAUAUUUUCGCACGAUUGCUCCUUUUUAUCGGUGUUAUUUUACUGUUACGUAAAUCUUGUAGAAUUAGCUCGGCUUUUCGGAUAUUCAGCCGUUGUACGACAAGUGAAGAUGUAUAAUUCGUUCUCGUCUCGCUUCGUCUUUCUAAUCAUUUUUAUCGGCGCGCGACGUCUUAUAUUCGAAACUAUACACGGACGAAAAUAUAUGAACUUCGCUUCCUGCGGCUCGCGGAAGUCACACGAGUAUAUUCGUUUACUCGAGCCGAUCGGCCACGAAUCGCGCCGACCAAGCAAAACAGCCCAAGCUAUUAUAGUGUGCCUCGUAUUUCGCGCGCGCGCCCGCGCUGUUCUCCGUUUUUUUGUAUUAUAAUAAUGGGAAAAAGUGUCUUUUUCGCACGGGACGACGCCGCGCGUCGUCUACGGCGACACACGUCGUCGAUAUAUAUAUUAUAUAAAUUAUAUAUAUACAUAUAGAAACGACGACGACGACGGGUAUAAUGAGCUGCAGAGCCCGUCGCGUCGGUGAUAACGCGCAUGCCAUAUACAUAUAUGUAUACAUACGUGAAAGUUAACUGCCAAAACACCCGGUUGCGACAGGACGAGAGUCUUACGACGCGGCGAUUCGUUCGCCGAUACGAGAUCCUUACUGAGGUAGUAGGUAUAUUUAGGGAGUACGAUGCGUCCUCUAUGCGUGCGUGGUGUACUUCUGUGAUUUAUCUUCCACUUUCCUUCCUAGAGAGAAGAACAAGAGGCCUUUAAAAAAAAAAACAAGAAAGAAAGAAGCAAAGAAAGAAUUCACAAUUUAACAACAAAUUCGUCGCGAGUUGAGAACGGAAGAAAGACAGAUCAUUCGCGACCGAUCACUGCCGCGAGAGAAACACCUGCGACUUUAAGCAAACUGAAAUUCUUUCGGUGCCACGAAUUCCGCAAAGGGGAAAAAAAGGUUGUUUUAGAUCGCGAACCGUAACGACACUUCAGAUCGCCGACCAUGGAUCGCUCGACGUUCCCGACAAAAAUUCUCUACGUAUUUGUCCUCCCUUUGAAUUAUGAUUGCAUCCGCUCCAAGUGGGAUUUCUAUUCUCUCGAUUGGAAAUAAUAAUCUCUCUCCGCGACGAGACUGCGGUCAGGCUAGAAAUAGCAAAUUGCCGAGAGAGAGAGAAUUGUAUAUAUAUUUUCCCUCCUUCAAUUAUAAUCGUUUUACAUCUCUAAUAUCCACCAGUGAUCCAUUAGCGAGAAUCCGACCAUGUUCGGUUAACAACGGACAUCUCUCCGUGUCGUCGUACGUAGCGAUGACGCUGGGAAUGCCGAAUUAUCAGGAGGUCGUAUUGUUACGUACCGCGCUUGAGUUGAACGAUACGUUGUUCGCAACAAUGAUACAUACCGGUCGUGUCAUCCUGCGCACGCUAAGCUUGCGACCUCGAAAAAGGAUGCCUAUUAAUGUUUCAGGGCCGAUGCGGCGGCGACCUGAUCGAUAGUUGAGUAACGCGAGUUCACCGCGCGCGCGGUGACGAAAUUUCUCUAACUGCGUUGAAACGCGCGUGCGAAUUCUCUUUCGCGUUAGUUAACGCGGCAAAUCGACCGACGUGCCAAAUCAGCGUACGCUCACGAAUAAUUCUAACGCACAAGUUAAGCAAAUAAUCGAUAGGGAGGGAGGGCGAGCGAAUUCGCCUUGACACGAGCGAGCGCGGGUGCGCAUCGCGGUCUUCGGAUAUUUUUAGUCGCAGGAUCGCAGCGACCGUCUUUGCGCAACGUUACUUUGACAUCUCUACCGAGUAUCUUUAAUUAAAGAGCUUACCGGUGCAACCGCGCCGCGUGUAGAGACAUCUCUCUCUCCUCGCACGUGACCGCGGAUUUUUAUACUUUCGCUCGGCGAUGCUUUUUAAGCAAUCCAAGAUAUCGUCGUCGACGAUUCGUGACUCCGGUAAUUACGGUUGAGCAAGUCCCGGACUCUCCCCACUUUAGCAUUCUCAGAGCGUUCCAUGACUAGCGCGAGAUAUACGCGGAAAGAUGACUCGAUCGUUUGACACGACGACACGAUCGAGAGCGUCCGACUCGGCUGUAGAUAUUAUCUGAUCGCUUUUUCGCGUAGGACUCGUCGCACGCUCGAUCCGAGGAGCGAAUUGUCUCCGCUGCGUGUAUCGCCCGCGAUAUCGUCGGACUCGCGAAGAACCGACCGGUUUGUUCAGUCGAUCGGACUCGGUAAUUCUCGAGCGCGACAUCGUGAUGCUUCCCAACUGGGAUAAUCUUGAUUGGUAACGUUAAUGAUGAGGGAGGUACUCAUAUCGUCGCUAGUCUUGAGCUAGUCUCGACUAAAAAUUGUUAAAAUUUGCCGAUUUUAAUUAUUGUAAGUUAUUCCUCGGAAAUCGAUAGUUGUUGAAUGCGUUCUUAUUCGGCGAAGAGGGAGAGAGAGAGAAAAUUAUAAAGUAAUUUAUUCUUUAACGAGCGAUAGGAAAGAGCAGAUAGACAAAUGAUUCUUCUAUGAAUUAUUUAGAGAGCGAGAGGUGUCACGAUGUCGCGAUAUGAUCCGACUGACGACUGGUUACUGUAAGAAAGUAAUGAUGGUUAACGACGCAACAGAGCAGGUGGCGAUCGUCCGCACGACUCGACGCUUCGGCGGCCGUAUUCGUUUUUGUACAUUUCAUUUCUUCGGAUCUCUGAGAGGUGAGAGUGCCUUCUUUUUGAAUAUAUCUUUGGCCGUAGCGUCGCCCUUCGAACGAGAGGAAUAGCAGCGACUUGCCACCUGCGAGUAAAUGUGCGUGAACCCCAAGGCACUGUCUCGUUUGUAUAGUGCGCGUAAGAGUAGAUGAAAGUGAGAGAGAGAGAGAAUGAGAGAGCGCGGAAGACAGUGCGAAGCAAGCAUGGCCUUCUUCUUCUCCUUUUGUAACUUUUUCCCGCCAUAUACUCGCCUUUAUAACGUUUCUACGCGAGCUCUCCGAAGAUAUUUCACGCAUUUUUGUAAAUCGCGAAUCUACCACAUCUACGUUAAGAUACUACCGUACCGAUCGACCGACUGACCUCGCGCGGGUGAAGGAGUGGGUGGGUCUCGCGAGACGAGGAAGCUCGGAGAAGAGAGCUUUCCUAGGAUUUCGUCGCUUCUCGGGCCUUACGGACGAAAUCCUACACUGUUCGCGCUCACCCGUCGGAAAUGUAACUACAGGAAUUGCUGGCACUCGGAUCCGCUUGAGAUUACAGCGUCCAAUUAGGUCACUUAAAUCCACUUAAAUCCCCGAGCGGUCCCGAUAUCCGCGCUCGCCAUUGUUCUUUUCAGAGCGCCGAGAAGAUCGAAAGCCGGUGAGCGGUAGCCGGCAAUCGGCUGUAUCUCGCCGCUACCAAAGAGCCCCUAAUUCGCCGUGGGCCAGGCGCGCAAUUGUUCGACGUUCACCGUCGGUAAUUCUUCAAUUCCGCGAGCGGCCUUUGUCGGGGCGAAUUUAGGCAACGCGCAUUCACGCGCGGCUCUCCUCGUCCUUGCGUGACGACGACAAUGACCUCGUUGAACGUCCGCCGGCAAGCGCAACGCGGAUAAGAACGGUCGGGAAAUCGUACGUUGUAUAUUAUGGUCCCAAAAAUCCCGUCGCGAAUUUUGUGAUACGAAGGAAGAAUAUCGACGCUGUGAUAGUUUCCAGGCAACGCGAGAGAAUUGGUUUUCGACUUAAUGAUUUUGAUCUUCGACUCGGCGCUCUGUUCCGACGACCUGCUUCUUCGCCAUCGAAACUCGCGCGAAAUCGUCGCAACAAGAGAAAGAAAGGGGAAGAGCGAGCAAAUGCGGGAAAGCAGCGAUGAUUUGUUGAGCAAGAAAACUGGAAUAAGAAUGAGAGAGAAACGGGAGGAGCGAGCAAGAUGGGAAAUGCGAUGGGAAAAUACGUAGAUUUGUAAAUAUAACGAAUGCCUGCUGUAUUUAUAUAGUUAUACGUUAAAUAUAUCGACCUAAAUGAAAGUAGCAGUUAAUUGAAGCAACUGAAGUAAUUAUCGAAAAAUUAACCGUUAAUUAUAACGUUAUAGCAAGACUAAUUAUUAUUAUACGCGUAAAAGAAACGUGCGCGAGUGUGUAUGUGUGCGGGUGUGGUGUGUAGGGAUGUGUGUGUUUGUGUGUAUGUGUGAAAAGAACGAACGGACGAUGAUGAGAAAAAAGUUGGGAGCGGUCGAUAGAGAGAUUUUUCGCCAGAGCAUAUCUCGUAUAUCUCGUCGUUAUUGCCAUUUUGCCUCACUGCGAGACGGAGCUUGUCUUCUCGUUUAUCCUUAUCUUGUUUACGCUAUCUUGGUUUAAUCUCAAGCAUGUAGGGAACACGCAGCAACCGGUCUAAAUACGUAUGAACGACUUUACAACGUUUCAUCGAAUUAUUCUGUAAUUAUAACUGUGCAAUUAUAUAUAGAGAGAGAGAAAGAGAGAGAAAUUGCGCGUAUGUGUGUGCGUAAGAGAGAACGCAUUUCGACUAAACUGUAACAAUUGUUAGUGUAACAUGAUGCAUAUUUGAUCGUA